AUGGACGGUUUCAAACCUGUUAGUGACGCUGCAACCGAGGCCUCAACAUCCAGAGAGCAACACCUGCACUCACCGCCCACUCUGUUGGGCCUCCCUACCCACAUCCGACGACACAUCUACUUCCAUGUCGGCCUCGCGAGAUGGGAAGGUUUCCCGUUAGACUUUGACUUCCACCAACCGCAGAUGUGGCCGUGCAGGUUCCAUGGUUUGCUACUUUCUUGUCGGAUGUUACACGACGAAGCCGCUGCGUUGCUAUAUUCCUCCAACCAUUUCGUCCUCGACUAUUCCCAGUCGGCAUCUUUCGCCCCUCUGCACGCUCUGACAGCGCCGUCCCUAGCGUCCCUGGCGAGUCUCAGAAUCAUCCUCAACCAGUCGUCGUGCCACGAAUCCGAGAGUGUCGGGCUCGGGAACUGUUGCCGCCACGGGAACAAGGACGAGCCCUGGCCAAGGACCGGCGCCUUCUUUUGCGCCGAAGGCCACGCCGACAAGCACAGCCCUCCGCUGCUCAGCUUGUCCAGGCACAGUUUGUCCCCCGACGAGGAGGAUUGUAAAGUGGCAGCAGCCCAGGCUAUGUUAAGUGAAUGGCACUCGGCCGCGGUUUACAUGUCAUCACUCCUUUCUUCUGGCAACCUCGAGUUUUCUUUAAUCUGCGACAUCGACCCUCGGCACCCUCAAGCAGUGGAGUUGGCUGCCCAGGCGGUUGCGCCACUAAGCGUCCUACCGUUACUGAAAGACUGUCACGUCCGGCUGUGCGAUUCACCAGAUCCUCGGCUCCAGCAGGUGGCAUCUGACACCGUGAUGCAAGCGCGCCGUGUCAGCACUCCAUACUCAAAACAACCCCCAGCAGCGACGACCCUUUUACCCCUCCCCCGCGAACUUCGUCUCCACAUUCUGGAGUAUACCGACCUCAUCACACCGUGGACGGAAGUCAUGCGGAGCAGAUGCCACAGGGGGUACAGUAUCCUCCACAUUCCAUGCCAGCGUGUAGACUAUCUCGAUUGCCCCCCAGAGGUCCACCACGGUUGCCAAUUCACCCGAUGCUGGGAGAACCCGGAUAUCGAGCCCCGAAUCGGCUGUUUCUGCCGCCUCCGUCACGCGGCCUCUUCCUCGAGGUGCCUGUGUUGGUCGCCGCCCAGCAGCCUAUUCCUUGUUUGCCGCACCCUACGCCAGGACGCCGAGUUAGUCUUUUUCUCCGGCAACCGCUUCAUCGUGCACGACGUCGACUCGGGCUCGCCGGCUCGGAUCACGGCGCCGUCGGCCCCGGCUGUCGCGGCAACCCGCUGCUACCCGUUUGAACGCUUCGCUGCCUCCCAGUUCCUGAGGGAGGUCGUCCCGACUCAUUGCCUCGCCCACCUCCGGGUUUUGGAGUUCGUCUUCCCCCCUUACCCCCACGACCACUGGCCGCAGCUGGAGGAUCCCGCCAUGCAGGAGUGGUGCUCGACGGUGACCUGGCUCCGGGACAAGAUCAACGCCCGCGGGCUCACCGUCUGGUUCAUGGCGGCAGACGUGGACAACUGGGAGCCGACGCCGGAGCGCGAGCAGAUGACGCGUGAACAGGGAGUGGUGAUCCUAGACUCGUAUAUAUGUAUCGUGCGCCCGUUGCAAUGCUGGGCGGCCGGUGAGGAUGGCCUCGCUGGGUUUCGUGUCCGACUGGCCGAUCCCUGGGGGUGGACGGAGAGGAGGAUUCGUCAACUUCGCAAGCCGGAGGUGGCAGAGAAGCACGAGGCUACCGAACGAGAAUUGAAAGCCUACGUAGAGGGCUCCGUGAUGGGCGAGCGUUAUCGCGCGGAUGGCACAAAAGACCCGCCUCCGAGCCUUUGGCCACAAGCAUUCAACGGACGUCUUUGA